AAUGAAAUGUGAGGCUUUUGCAGGAGAGAAGGAGGAGUCUCGAUUGGAGUGGGUCAUUCAGUACAAGAAAGGCUGACGCAACUCUCAGAAUCAAUUCUAUCUGGAAGAUCUCCACCAUAAGACAAAGCAAAGAAUUUUCUGUAUAUAUACGUGUGUAUGUGUGUGUAUGUUUGGGUUGUUUGUAAAGCGCUCACAGAUCAUCAGACCUGCCAACAUACAGAGAGGUAUUACCUGUUGAAAUCUGUAACGCAAGGGAAGAAAUUGAGAGACCAUAUUGAGAGGUUCAAGGUUACUGGAUUAAUCAGACAGUGAAGAGAAUUUCAUCACAGCCACAGCAAGAGAGAGACAGAGGGCAGCAGUGACUGAACAGAUGUGAACAGACAGAAGUUAUUGAAGAGCGUAUUGUGAAAGCUUCGAACAAUUCAAUAGACCAUGGUUGAUAAAAGCUCAGAAGCCAUGCUGAAUGGUGCUAUUCCAGGUGAGAUGGUGAAGAAAGAUGAAAACUUGAAGCGUGGGAACUGGUCCAAUCAGAUAGAGUUCAUCCUGACAAGUGUUGGAUAUGCUGUAGGUCUCGGAAAUGUGUGGAGGUUCCCUUAUCUGUGCUACCGAAAUGGUGGAGGUGCAUUUAUGUUUCCCUAUAUCAUCAUGCUGGUCUUCUGCGGUAUUCCUCUUUUUUUUCUGGAACUUUCCUUUGGGCAGUUCACCAGCCAAGGCUGCCUUGGUGUAUGGAAGGUUAACCCUAUGUUCAAAGGAGUGGGGUAUGGGAUGAUGGUGGUUUCUACAUACAUUGGAAUCUACUACAAUGUGGUCAUCUCCAUCGCCUUCUACUACUUCUUCUCCUCCAUGACUACACUCUUGCCAUGGUCAUACUGCACUAAUCGGUGGAACAAGGACGAUUGCAGUAGCAUGCUGAACCCCAACAGAACUGCCAACAUCAGUGAUCUGUCACGCAACAUCUCAACAUUGCUGAACCAAACUGCAAAGCGGACCAGUCCUAGUGAGGAGUACUGGAACUAUUAUGUGCUGAGGAUAUCCAACGGCAUUGGUAAUUUUGGGGAGAUUCGCCUGCCUUUGCUGGGUUGCCUAGUUGUAGCCUGGGUUGUGGUCUUCCUCUGCCUCAUUAAAGGGGUCAAGUCUUCAGGAAAAGUGGUGUACUUCACAGCAACAUUCCCUUAUGUUGUGCUAACAAUUCUGUUUAUUCGUGGAAUUACUUUGGAUGGAGCAGUCAAUGGCAUUAAGUACUAUCUCACACCUCAGUGGGACAAGAUCUUAGAUGCAAAGGUUUGGGGUGACGCGGCUUCCCAAAUUUUUUAUUCCCUCGGAUGUGCCUGGGGUGGCCUGAUAACCAUGGCCUCGUACAACAAGUUCCACAAUAAUUGCUACAGGGACAGUAUUAUUAUCAGUAUCACUAACUGCGCAACCAGUAUUUACGCUGGGUUUGUCAUCUUCUCCAUUCUUGGAUUCAUGGCUGCACAUCUGGGGGUCAACGUGUCGGAAGUAGCGGAUCAUGGUCCUGGACUGGCCUUUGUGGCCUACCCAGAAGCCUUGACGUUGCUGCCGAUUUCACCCUUCUGGUCCCUUCUCUUCUUCUUCAUGUUAAUUCUGCUGGGAUUGGGUACGCAGUUCUGUCUGUUGGAGACAUUGGUCACUGCAGUCGUUGAUGAGAUUGGCAGUGAUUGGAUUCGUAGGCAAAAAUCUUUUGUGACUCUGGCAGUUGCCAUUAUUGGCUUUCUUCUGGGAAUCCCACUGACUACCCAAGCUGGCAUUUACUGGCUCCUCCUCAUGGAUAACUAUGCAGCCAGUUUUUCACUCGUUGUGAUUUCCUGCAUUAUGUGCAUCGCCAUUAUGUACAUCUAUGGACAUAAUAACUAUUUCAAGGAUGUUCAGAUGAUGCUUGGCUUUCCACCUCCAAUCUUCUUUCAAAUCUGUUGGCGUUUUGUGUCACCCAGCAUUAUAUUUUUCAUCCUGAUUUUCACUGUGGUCCAGUAUAAGCCCAUCAGUUACAAUGACUACAUCUACCCAUCCUGGGCUAUCAUUCUCGGUUUCUUGAUGGCUUUGUCCUCAGUAAUCUGUAUCCCUAUUUAUGCCAUCUGGAAGAUAUGCAUGUCCGAAGGUUCCACAUUUUUGGAGCGUGUGAAGAAUGCAAAUAAACCAAGCAAGGACUGGGGACCAACUUUAUUAGAGCACCGCACUGAUCGAUACGCAACAGUUGGCAGCUCAUCGUAUGAGUUCAGUCUGGAAAUUCAACAACUGAAUCCAGAUAAAGAGCGAGAAAAGGAGAAAAUACCAAGAGAAAAUAUAGAUCACAACCUCACCAUACAGGGCAGUAAUGGUUCUGCCAGAACGCAGGAGCUUAAUGUGUAGUCAAAGUCCUUUUAAAUCAAAGAAGACAAUUAAUUGGGUGUUAGGAGGGUGGGUUUGGGAAAUAGAGCCUUUACUUAUGCUGAAAGGUUCAUUCCCUUUAAUUUCUUAUCUGAUCUAUGGAAUUUGACAAGUAGUCAACACAACUUAAUUGAUUUUUUCAGGUAUGUGUGUUUUUCUUUCCCUUUUCAUUUUUUUAUAGUUAUCAAUAGAAUCUCAUAACUUAAUAUUUAAACCUGAUUUUUUUUUCCAGAAAUUGGUUGUUUUGUUGUCAUUUUGUGGAAUGCAGUACUUUAUAUACACACUGUUUGUCUGUCAUUACAACUGAUAGCUGAUCAAAACAUUUCCUUGUGUCAAUAUAGUUUUUCUUCUCUCUGGGUCUCAUUUCUUUUGAACAUCUGUUUGUGCUUGUCUACUCAACACCAUAGCACUGUGUUUUAUCAACAUCAGAAAAGUUUUGGAUCAGAAUAGUUAUUAAGUAACACAAAAGAACAAUUAGAGAGAGAAGCUGAAGGUAAUGCCCAUAUUGUUAGAGCACAUAUUUCAAAGUAACUCACUGUUUACCAAGCCAAAACUAUGUUGGAGAUAUGAAUUACACUGAUCACUGGAUUUGGUAACUUUGUAAUUUUAUUGGCCGUGUUUCUAAUGUUUUGAUAUCCGUAUGUUAUUUCAUCUAUAUGUUAAUUGGAACAAACCUUUCCCCAUAGUAAGCAGUUUCCAGUAUAGCUUUUACAGAAGGCACAGACAAAAGGUCUAUUACAUAUAUUUAAGUUAAUUUUACUGAAGCUCUAAACAAGUUGCACAGCUGCAGCUAUUGGGUACAAAUAGAUAAUUAGGUGUUUUUAUCCAUCCAUAAAAAGUGGUCUGUCAUUGAAAUAGUUUUUCUUGUUUGUAAUGAUGAUUUGUCUAUCAAUAUCACACUUAGAUGCACUCUUCAUUAUCAGCAUUGCUGCAGAAGAGAGUCAGCAUGAGAAAAUCAACGAUACAGUGUGCAUGCCUAGCACAGUAUCAGGCAUGCAUGAAACCAUAGGAAUAUUUGAACGUAUUACUGAUGUGUCAAAUGCUCACCUUUCCAAAUCUCUUGGUACAACUUUAAGAUAUACUAUAAUCUAUUGUUUAUCUGAUAUGUACUGUUUGAGUGGGAAUUAACCAACCCAGUAGGUUGUUAUCAAGAAGUUGCAUAGGUUUUGAAGAGUUUGUGAUGUGUUCAUGAAAGUUGUAGACAUUAGACAUUAUACACUGGCCCUAUCUGAGGGGCUACAAGCUGACUAUUGCCUCAAAACUAAGCCAGUCUUUUAAUUGUUAGACAGUACUUUUAUUGUGCACAGAGGGCACCAAGAUUCUGGACAUGGGUUAUUGGGUGGCAGUAGCUGUUUAAAAGUCUGUGAUUCCACUUCAAGAUAUAUCUAAUUCUUUUUUUUCUUUGAAAAAUCAGUUUUGGAAUUAAAGGGGCAAUUAAGUAUUACAGGCUGCAGUGUAUGAAAUCCUGGCAGAAAUAAGAAUCUGAUACAGAGUUGAGAACCAUCCAAAUACGGCAGCUUUCCAUUCGUCCUUUCACCUUGAUUAUCUGACACACUUUUUUAAACCAGGUGCUACAAGUGUCUGAAGCACUGAUCCACUGCUUCUGAAGCAUUAUGGGUCUUUAACAGUGUUAUGCACUUUGUGGGAGUUAGCAACAUAAGAAAUGCUGCGCAAACCUUGACCCACUUGUUGGAUUGGAAGAAUAAGAGAAAAGAAGAAAUUUCUCUGAGCAGAAAAGUACUUUUUUAACAGGAGUGGUUAGAUAUCUGAUGCACCCCCUUUUGACACCUAUCAUGCCUGUCAAAAUAAGGCAGGAGUGAGCUUCAAUGUGAAAAUUGAGGCUUCUGCCUGUGGCAGGACGUCCAAAAGCAGUUUUCAUGGGCUCGUGGCCAAAUUUGCACCCAUUUUAGGCUUGGAGUUAAAAAUGUGCACGCAAAACUUUACAAUAAUCUAACAAAAAAGGGAGAUGUUCAUAAAUCUGCAGCGCUUAGCGUAAAGAGAGAUAGAACAGCACAAGCAGAUGACGUAUCCCUUUGCUGCUGUGGUACCUGUAUCAACCCACAAACCAAGUUGUAACAGAAUGGGUCACCUUGUGUUCUUGAAACCAAAGGUGGCUCUUUAAAACCCUUUACAAUUGCAUUGAUGUAUCAAGUUAUGUGUUAAGUGCUUAAAUUGUACAGUGUGCAUUCCAGUCUGAAUUUAACAAACCCAGAAUGGGUUUCUGCCAAGAGAUGCUGUGCUUAGAUCCAAAUUUUGAUCAGAUUGGGAAUUUCAAUACAAUGGAAAGACAUGAAAAUGUUCCAUUCAAUUUUAAUUUCUGGAACAGAAUUAUGUUUAUAUCGGAAUGCUUGCAUGAUGGGAAUGGUCAUGAUGGGAUUCUGUGCUUGGCUGUGAUACACAUUUAUGUAGAUUCCAUUGCAUUUGCUUGAUAAUGUAAAAUCUUGAUAACAUGGAAGCAUAUAAUAUAACAGAGUAGAUAUUGCCAUUAUAAAGUUGAAAAUUAUAUUGCCUUUCUCCUAGUUCUCCUUUCUAUCCCUUUCCCUUUUUCAUUCUGUCCUAAAGUCACUCUUUUAUCAUCUAAAUUUUGUUCUUUUAUACUUUUCAAUAUGGGGUUUAAUCUAGUCCAGGCAAUCGAGAUAUCGCCUAAUUAAUAUUGUGCAUUUUAAUAAGUGCAUUUGAAGCUAAUCGUAAUCUAUCAGUCAGAGACUAUGGGUUCAGGUCCUGCUCCUUCUAGUCCAGGCAAUCGAGAUAUCGCCUAAUUAAUAUUGUGCAUUUUAAUAAGUGCAUUUGAAGCUAAUCGUAAUCUAUCAGUCAGAGACUAUGGGUUCAGGUCCUGCUCCAGAGACUUAAGCAUAAAAUCUAGGCUAAUGUUCCACUGUAGCACUGAGGUCAUGUUACAUUGUUUGAGAUACUGUCUUUUGGAAAAGACGUUAAACCAAGGCCUACCCUCCGUUAUGAAGGGUAUUAAAAAUCCCAUGGCACUACUUUGGAAAAGUGUCCAUUCAGACCAUCAUUGUACUUCAAAAGUACUUUGUUGGUUGUAGGGUGCUUUGUGAUGUCCUAAGGCCAUGGGAAUGUGUGUAUUUGCACAGGUCAUUCAUUUUGAUCUAGAGGACACCAGAAGAGUGUGCAAUUAAUCUCUCACCUUUCAAACCAUUAUAAUAUAGGUACCUUGCCUACAGGCUACACAACAUAUUCAAUCACAUUUCUAACCUAAUGGGAAAUAGUUUACAAAUUAUUAACAAAACUAUGAAUUAAUGUGUUCAGUUAUACCCCUGAGUUGCACAUAUAGGCCCUUAAUUCAUGUUGAGAAAACUACAGAUACACUUUGCUGACUUCCUUUAGCAAACAAAAGGGAGAAGUAUUUUCUCACAUAGUUGAGUUAAUUGCACUUUGUACUUCAGUCUAAAGAAGCUAGAUCAAGAUGAAUUAAGUGUGUACAGUUCCAGCUCCGUCACUCUAAGCUUUUAUAACAUUGAUAUGUUGUUAAUUAAGUAGCACUAACAUUCAUUGAUAAAUUUCAUUCUAGCUUAACAAAAUCUUUUUCUUUAUUUGUCAGGUAACUAAGCAAAAUGUGUGGGAUGAUUAAGGUUAAUACAAUAAUGUGCUUUAGGGAUGGAAACUGCCAUCCUUACGUAGUCUGGCCUUCACCUGACUCCAGACCCACAGCAAUGUGUUUGACUCUGAACUGUCCCCUGGGCAAUGAGGGAUGGACAAUAAAUGCUGUCUAGCCAACGAUGCCCUCAUCCUGUCAAUGGAUAAAGAAAAAUAAAUUUAGUUUAACUAAGGGAAUAUUUAGUAACUAGUGACUCAGUCAAAUCUGACAGCUAUGUCAGUUGGUGGUUUGUUUAAUUUCUCCAGCAGUGCAAGCAACUGCCAACCAAGUGAGUAUUUUCCAUCAGUGCCAGUGCUGCUUCAUUCAACAGAUACCAGAGACAUUGGAGCUUAGAUUUUCCAAUCUGCAUUAUUUUAAAGCCAACAGUAAACAUUCUAAAAUUAAAUAAACAUUUCUUAUUGGGUUACCAUUUGUAUUAUAAUAACACUGAGUAGCAUAUUCAGUUUUGUGUCUCCUGUUCCUACGCAAUCUUGAAACCCUUUACAGUAUGUUUGCACAUAACAUCUAGAACAACAUCUCUUUCUGGAUGAUGCUUACGCUGUUGCAGACCUUGAACUCUACAAAUGUAAGAAAACAUCACAUCAACACAUGACCUUUCUCAUGACAUGCAGCAGAGAGGAUUAAAGGGUCACACGAGUAUCAUACCCUCUCCAUAUUUUACAGCAUACUGACAUGUCUUAAAUAGGUGAGAGGUUUUGGGUUGGGACAGGGAAGGUUAGAUAACAAUGCUCACUCUUUAGUGAAGCUAACUCGAGCACACACCUUUAUAGUAGAAGCAAUGAUCUGGGUUGAACCAUGUUUCUGGUUCACUUUAAUGUUCUCAUUAUUCCUCAGUUAAGUUUGUUUUCUGUGCAUGCACCUCCUCUAUCUCUUUCUCACAAUUACCAAGCCUUUCAACCUUUUAUCUAUUUAUAACUGUAAAUACGUAGAUUUGGAAUCUAUCAAGUGUUCCAUCGCACCUAGCAAUCAUCCUUUCUUUCACCUUUUCUGAAUAGCAUUCACUCAGUAAAGGUAAUUGGAAAGACAUCUGUAGCCUGUGCUUCCUUCCUACCUCUGCCUUUUAUCUAUAUAAAAUACUCAUGCUGUAUUUAAUGUAUGAUUUAAGUUGAGCACCGCCUUGCUUUCCUGAUUAGAUGUAUGUGCCAGAAAACAAAGGAAGUUUUUACUUUCCAAUGUGCCAAUAAGCUCAAAAUGAGAACUAUAAUUGUGUACACAGUAUUUUCUUGAUAGUAUAUAUUGUUUCAAGUGACUGUAAUCUGUAGUCUUAUAUGGACAGUUUACUUGAUACUUUCGGUGUUUAGGAGAAAAGAUAAAUAUAUAUUAAAGAAGCUACUUGUGUAAAUCUCUUUCAUUCUGGGGUCAGUUACAUACGUUGGAAUCUGUAAAAUGUUCACAUCUUUGUAUGAGAUCUGAUUUUGUCACUGUUAUUUGAUUCAUGGCUGUAUUUUGCUUAUUUUCAUAUAUUAAUAUUUGGCACUUAAAAA